UUCAUCCUCGAGCGCUCCCCGGUUAAAAUAAGAAAACAAAUCGGUUGACAGACAGCGGUGGGACUGCUGAUCGUGAGGCAAGCGCGUGCCCGAUGGAAUUGGAGCCGGUGACCACCGCGCAGCGAGCACUGGGCAGAGGAGAGAGAGGGGAAAGCAAGUUGGCGAGAGAACCUCACCGAUUUACGUUUCUCACCAUGACUAUUGCGCUGGCUGCUUUUCCGCCGCAGCGGAGGGGAUCGGUAUUCACUCACAGAAGGAAGAAACACACACACCUCUGAGGCAAACCGGAGAGAGAGCAUUACCGGGAAUUUCCUUCUGUUCCAUUAUUCAUUUGGAUCCUAAUAGCUGGUGGAAGUUGUCUCGUGGGGAUUAUGAUGGCUUCGGGUGCCGGUAAAGCCCCGCAGCCCCCCGGGCCAGGCUCCGGUAGCCUUAACGGGAUUGCAGCAGACUUACCGAACAUAGAGCAGGAGCUGUAUGACUAUCAGAUGCAUGGCAAGAUGUGCAAGAAGAUAGCUCAGCUAACCAAGGUGAUCUAUUCUCUGAACACUAAGAACGAAGAGCAGGAGGCGGCCCUUCAGGCUGUCAGCCACGCCCACCAGGAAGAGCUGAGGCGGGUUACCACGGGGACGUGUACCGAGGGGGAGGAGUCGGUAGUGCUUAGGACACGCCUCUCAGAGCUGCAGGAAACUCUAGCUCAGGUUCAGGUAGACUUUGAGAGCUACCGUGUCCAGGCGGAGGAGAGGGAUCGUGGGGUAGAGGCAGAGCUAAGGAGGGACUAUGAGGAAAAGCUCCAGGCUCUGGGGCUGGAGAGACAGGAGACCCAGGCCCAACUCAACACGGCCCACGACGAGAGUCUCCGACUGGGGAGAGAGCUGGAGACGGCUGGGGAGGCUGCGCAGUGCCUGGGGGUUCAAUGUGAUGAACUACGGAGGAAAGGAGAAGAGGAGCGAGGGAAAGGGAAGGAGGAGGAGACGGAGAGAAUGAGACUCCUCUCGGAGGAGGUGAAGACUCUGAGGAAAGGGAAGGAGCGAGCGGAGGAAGAGAGAGAGAGAGAGGCGCGCAGGGAGGAGAGACGGCAGUGGGAGCAGAGAGAGGAGGAGGAGAAGAGAGGGAUGAGUACAGUACUGAGAGAGAGAGUGAGGAAGGCGGAGGGAGAGAUGGAGGGCAGUCUGCAGCGACUCAACGAGAGCAAGAGACACGCUGCCAAACUACAAGACAGAAUACAGGACCUGGAGGAGGAGUUGGAGUCGGGGAGGAGGCGUGUCUCGGGGGCAGAGGGUGGGGCUAAGAGGGCAUGGGAGGAGUUAGUCGUGGCCAAAGAGAGACUACUGCUGCAGGAGGAGGAGCUGCAGAGCAAAUCAGAGGAGCUGCUGAGUCGUGGUGUGUGUGAGGGGUGUGUGUGUGUGAACGUGGAGGAGUUGAAAGGUCAGGUGAACAAACUGCAGAGCAGGAACAGAGAGCUGGAGUUGCAGAGCAGUGGGAGAAACAACGAAAGCAUGCGGAGGCCCUGGCUAGAGGGAGAAGAAGAGAGAGACAGACUGCAGAAAGAGGGAGAAGAAGAGAGAGACAGACUGCAGAAAGAGAGAGAAGAAGAGAGAGACCGACUGCAGAAAGAGAUAGAAGAGGUGAAAGGAAGAGUGACAACACAGAUGGAAGGAAACACGGGGCUCGUAGAGGAGCAGAGAGAGAGUCUGAACCGGGAGAAGAAGAGAUUGAAGGAGCAGGCGGACGAGGAAAGGAGGAGAUUGAAGGAGCAGGCAGACGAGGAAAGGAGGAGAUUGAAGGAGCAGGCGGACGAGGAAAGGAGAAGAUUGAAGGAGCAGGUGAAGAAGGCGAUAGAAGAGGUGAUGAGGAAACAUGCAGCUGAGCUCCACAACGCCCAGGAAGCACUGAGGACAAACCAAGAGCAGGUGUGUGUACGUGUGCAGGAGGACAGGAGGAGUGGUGAAGAAGUGUGUCGAAGGCUGGAGACUGAGAGGGCGGAGCUUAGAGACCAGCUGCAGCAGGCAACCAAUCAGAUCUGGCGUUUGGAAGGAGUCAUUCAGCAGCAAAGUCAGGGGGGUGUGGCCUCUGAAACUCCUCCCACCUGCGGAAUCCACUGUUCCCACCGAGAGGAUCUACAGCGCAUACAGGAAGAGAUGGAGCGACAGAGAGAGAGUUACCAGAGGGAGACGACAGGUCUGAGAACAGACAAACAGAGACUGGAGGAGAAGGUUCUAGAGCUCAACCAACAGACCCAAGAGAACACAGACAGAAACGUUCUAGAACACAACCAAGAGAACACAGACAGAAACGUUCUAGAACACAACCAAGAGAACACAGACAGAAACGUUCUAGAACACAACCAAGAGAACACUGACGAGAGAAUCCGGUCAGAGUGUGAGGAGCGCCUGAGGGCGGAGCUUAAGGCGGAGCUUGAUGCGGCUGUUGCCACAAGCAACCAGAGAGAGCAGGAGCUGCAGACUCAACUAGCCGAUCUCCAAUCACAGGUGGAGAGGAAGGCGGGGCCAGCAGAGGGUCACCAUGACGACAGCGAGAUUGACAGGCUGCGGAGGGAGGUGCAGGAGACCAGAGAUAUGAACCAGAGACUGAGAGAGCAGCUGCAGGAGGAACCAAAGAGACACUCUGAAGAACGACACUCGGCGGCGUUGCAGGCUCUGGAGAGACGAGCUCAGGAGGAACUGCAGACCGAGAGGAACAGACUACACACACUACACCUGUUACAGCUAGAUAAGCAGGGUACAGAGCUGAGCCAGCAGUACACAGAGUGGAGUAGACAGCUGACCCAGAGACACAUGAAACACAUCGAAGACCUGCAGACGGAACUACACACACACACAGAGAUGAUGGCCCUGCAACAGGACUUGAAGCAGCAGAAUCAGUACCAGGUGUUUGAGCGUCAGCUGGAUGAGAGUCGCUGUGCCGUUCUGGAACUACAGAGGGAAAACACUGUACUGAGGUCGGGAGAGGAGGCGAUGGGAAGAGAAAGAGAGCAGAAGGAGAGAGAGGAGGAAGCCCAACGACUGAGAGUGGAGGUGGACAGACUGAGAGUGGAGGUGGAGAAACUGGAAGAGGCUCAGAAACAACGGGAGGAACAGAGAGAAGAAGAGAUGAGAGAAGAGGAGGCGCGAAGAGAGAUGGAGAAGAGGAGGGACGAGGAGAAGAGGACGGAGGAGGAGAACAGGAGAGAGGAGGUGAAGAGGAGAGAGGAAGCGUGUGGAGGAGUCUCCGCCCCGUGUCACCAGCGUUCCAAACCUCAGCGCCUAUGA